AGUGCACAUCAUUUUUUUUUGUUUUGGAGCAAUUCCCUGUGCGUUUCGCAGUGCCUCCUCUUUCGCUGGCAGCUUCCUUCUUUUCUUUUUGUUUUUUACUGUUGCAUUAGUGGGGGUUUCACUGCCUGAACCACCGUCUUCACCGUUUUCUCUCUUUUUUUUUUUUUAAACUGCUCGGCGUUAAAGCAUACAAGACCUUUUCGCUCUCUCAUACCUGAAUCUGAAGUCCAUCUUCUCUUUUAUCAUCACCGCCCACGGAGCUGUUGGCGCCUUCAUCUUUCUCUUCUGUUGUGUGUACUCGUGCGUUUGCUGUGUAUCCGUGUUGGUUUUUCUUACUACAACUACACCUCUCCGAGUACAAGACCGAGACGUUCACGGGGAGGUGCGACGCGUAUACCCCCUUCUCUUUUCCAGUUUUUUCCCCCUUUUGAUUUGCUUUCUUCUUCACACACACACACACACACUCACACACCAAAAUAAAACAUUAUUAUUAUUAUUAUUAUUAUCUUCGUUUACAGAUCUGAUUUAUCUUUGAUUUUCCCCUCUGGUGUGGUUUAGCUGCGUCUUCGUACGACUCAGCACGUCGCCAUUUCUUUAUCAUCUCGUAUUUUCUUAUCUUCUUCUUUUGGCUUUGCGUGCAUCUUCUGCGCCAAAGAAAGAAUAGUAUCACUCAUCCAUCACCGGCGACUCAGCACGCGACCGCUUUCAAUAUCAACAUAUAUUAGCCAAUUUUCCAUCUUCUUUUCUUUGGUGUUACAAGUAUAUAAAUAUAUAUAUUCGAAUUCGUUUUUUUCUAUGAAAUAUAAGAAAAAGAAAUAGAUAAUCUCCAAGAGCUCCACUCUCCGCUGCUGCUUUGCUGCGAAUCGGCUCUUUGAUAGACUGCAGCAACGGAUUAGGCACUUUUGAGUUCUCCGCUAUCCCGUCAGGCAGACACACUAUUAGUAUUAGUUCAUAAACUUCUCGACCACUCCCGCACGUUCACGGUAAAAGAAAAAAAAAACAGAAAAACGGAAGCCGGGAAUGAUGCGUGCUGUGGUGCUGAAGGGCUUCGGCGGGGUCGAUAUGAUGUCCGUCGCCGAGGUUCCCAUGGCCGCCGUCAAGCGGAGCACCGACGUGCUGAUUAAAGUAAUGGCCGCUGGCGUGAAUCGUGCCGAUCUCUCGCAACGCCGCGGCCACUACCCCCCUCCCCCGGGGGCCACCGAUGUCAUGGGUCUUGAAGUGGCGGGUGUGGUGGCGCAGGUUGGGUCUGGGGUAGACAGUAGCAUCAAGGAGGGCGACAACGUGAUGGCCUUGCUGCCGGGCGGCGGAUACGCCGAGUACGCAGUGGCACAAAUGGGCUGUGUGAUGCCGAUGCCGCAAGGGUACUCCUUCACGGACGCCGCCGCCGUGCCGGAGACGUUCAUUACGGCGUGGCAGAUCUUAAACCGUCACGGCAAGGUAAAGCCGCGGCAGCGGGUGCUGAUUCACGCCGGGGCGAGCGGGAUUGGCAGCGCGUGUGCGCAGAUCACGGAAAAGUAUUUUAAGGCCACCGCCAUCACCACGUCCUCCGAGGCGAAGCUAGACGUGUGUAAAGGGUAUGCGAGUGUGACCUUGAGCCGCACGAAGGACGAAGCCGGGUGGGCCUUCGCCCCGAAGGUGAAGAAGCUCUUCGGCGAGGAGAGCAUCCACGUGAUUGUCGACCCGGUGUUUGGUGGGACCUAUUUGAGUGAAAACUCGCAGCUGCUGGCGCCGAACGGGCACCUGGUCGUGGUCGCCUUCAUGGGCGGAUCGCUCGUGCAGAUGAACGCGCUGCCUUUCUUCCGCGAGAACGCGCAAAUCACGUUUACAAAGCUGCGCUGCCGUAGUGAUCAGUACAAGACAACGCUGGUGGAGUCGUUUGAGCAGGAGAUUGUGCCGUACUUGAACGCGCGUGUUAUUUCGCCGGUCAUCAACCGCACGUUCACACUCGAGGAGGUCGGGGCUGCCCACACGUACAUUGAGGAGAACCGCGGUUACGGUAAGGUGGUGCUGGUGCUGGCCGAUGCCCCUCAGCGUCCGAUUCUGUAA